GUCAAAAUGGCGGACUCAAAGGGCUCCAAACCGCCCCAACUCCAUCUCACGGCUUUCAUGCGGCCAGCGAACCUGCACACUGGUGCAUGGCGGUAUCCGGGAGCGUACCCAGAUGCCAAUUUCAACUUUGAUCACAUCAAAUCAUUCAUUCAAAAACUUGAAGCUGCGAAAUUCGAUGCUUUCUUCAUGGCGGAUCACUUGGCGGUCCUCAACAUGCCAGUCGAGGCGCUAAAGCGAAGCCACACAGUAACCUCUUUCGAACCAUUCACACUGCUCUCUGCAUUGUCAGUUGUGACAGAGAAAAUCGGUUUGGCAGCAACGGCAUCAACGACAUACGACGAACCAUAUCAUAUCGCUCGUCGCUUUGCAUCUCUGGAUCAUCUCAGCAACGGUCGUGCUGCAUGGAAUAUCGUCACUACCGGAAACCCGGAAUCGGCUAAGAACUUCGGGCGUGAGGACCAUGUAGAGCAUGGUUCUCGCUAUAAACGAGCACGGGAGUUCUGCGAUGUUGUGACUGGAUUGUGGGAUAGCUUCGCCGAUGAUGCAUUCAUCAGAGACCAAGAGAGGGGAAUAUUUUUCGACCCGGAGAAAAUGCAUGUUCUGAAUCACAAAGGCGAUGACCUGAACGUGAAAGGGCCGUUGCUGCUGACCGGGAUUGGACUCAUCUCAAGAUUUUGCCAGCUGCUCUUAUCGUCAUUGGUGACUCACUCGAGAAUGCUCAAGCCAAACGGCUCAAGUUGGACAGCCUGGUACAUUAUGACAGUGCGAUUGCAUCUUUGUUAA